AUGAGCAGCGACGAGCCUGCUAGAGAAGCGGCACCCCCGGAUGGGGGCGCGAGCGAGGCCCUGCAGGGCCUGUCGAUAGAUAAAAAAGAUGCAGCGCCCUCGAAGGAUGUGCAGAGGUACCCCGGGCCCGACGGAAAGAUGGCGAGAUACCGGCGCCGCCAGGAAAUCACUUCGAACCACGGGCCGCGGGCGCCAGCUCGCCGUCGCGUGGCGCGCGAUACGAGGAGUACGCUUUCGCUCGCGCCGCCCGCGCCGAGAGGGGCUCCUCGCGUCCGGGCCGAGGGGAGGCCGAGGUUCUCCGCGCUGGCGCACGAGCUGUGCUCUCGCGGCCCCCACGCCAUCGCCGCGGGGCUCGCGCGACCGUGAAAGCACGCCCUCUCACCCCCCACAAAAACGCAGGUCGAGAUCAAGGACGUCUGGGCGUCGACGCUCGACGCCGAGAUGGCCGUCAUCCGCGAGCUCGUCGAGCGGUACCCCUACGUCGCCAUGGACACGGAGUUCCCCGGCGUCGUGGCGAAGCCCGUCGGCGACCUGAGCUCGAACGGCUUCGCGUACCAGACGCUGCAGUGCAACGUGGACCUGCUGAAGAUCAUCCAGCUCGGCAUCAGCUUCUGCGGCGAGAACGGCGAGACGCCCGCCGAGGGCUGCUACUGCUACCAGUUCAACUUUAGAUUUGAUCUCAACGAGGACAUGUACGCCGAGGACUCCAUCGAGCUCCUGAAGCAGUCGGGGAUUGAUUUUGACCGCCACGCGGCCGAGGGCAUCGACGUGCAGCGCUUCGGGGAGCUGAUCAUGAUGUCCGGGCUCGUCUUGGUUGACGAAGUGAAAUGGAUCUCGUUCCACUCGGGCUACGACUUCGGCUACCUGCUGAAGAUCCUGACGUGCUCCGCGCUGCCGUCGACGGAGGAGCAGUUCUUCGAGCUGCUCCACAUCUACUUCCCGCGGAUCUUCGACGUCAAGCUCGUGGUGACGCAGGUCGACGGGCUGCACGGCGGCCUCCAGCGCAUCGCGGAGGAGCUCAAGGUCGAGCGCGUCGGGCCCAUGCACCAGGCGGGGUCCGACAGCAUGCUGACGAACGCCACCUUCUUCCGGGUGGUCGACCUGGCCUUCGCCUCGGCGAUGCCCGAGGACCGCUACGCCCUGGUCGACGACAAGUACCGGGGCGAGAUCUACGGCCUCGGCGCGCACGCGUACAAGGGCAAGGGCGGCGGCGGCGAGGCCUCGAACGGCCACGCGCCGCCCGCGAACGGCCACCUCCCGACGUCGGGCUCGACGCAGUCCCUGGACCGCGAGGGCGGCGGCGACGAGUAGUCCCUGUUGUGGGCUUCUGCGCGCGAGCGCGGGGGUUUAUUAAUCGCUGCACACAUUGAA